AUGUAUCGCACAUGUGCUGCUUGUGGUCGUGACCUCCCUCAAUCAUCAUACACGGCCAACCAGUUCUCCAAGGGUCCAGGAGUGUCGCGAUGUGCGAGCUGCGUCCAUGGACACCAUGCAGAUACCGUAUCUGCAGGACAGACUAACAGCGGUAGAUACAAUAACUCCAACAAAUGCUCCGUUCCAAAUUCCGCCUUGAAGAAUUCCUUUGCUCAAGGUGCUUUUCGCUGGGUGGCCAAGGGGAGCUACACGUCGGGUUCGCGCAGGGGCCAAGCAUGUGUUGUUAAGUGGUUCAAAACUGGGGCAGUCUUCUCGGAUGAUUAUUUUACUCUCGAUAUCAAGGCCGUCGACAAGGCCUUAGAGAUCGUCAAUAGGUUCAACCAGUUGAAUAUCAUCAACAAAGUUGUCAAAAUCAACGUACCCGAAAUAUGGCACUUCACCGACGAUAGCAGCGACGAGUGGGCGGGUCAGAGACACCUAUGUGAGCCGUUUAUCCAAAACUACCAGAAGUUUAAUAGCAACACCGGAUGGAAUGAUGACUCCAAGGCAUGGGGAGAGGUCAUGCAAGCUCUUAGCCAUUUUAGCUACCACAUCUCGGGCGGGAAUUAUGUUCUAUGUGAUCUCCAAGGUGGCAUUUACCAACACGAGCUUGUGCUCUCUGACCCCGUCAUCCUAUCGCGGACCCGCGAGUACGGUGUCACGGAUCUUGGUCCCGACGGUAUUAGCUCGUUCUUCAGUCUGCACGCUUACAACAACUUCUAUCGCCCGAACUGGACUCAGCCCGCUAACCCGGUGCAAAGGUUCCGCCCAGUCCCUGGUACCACUAUGAUCAGACGCACGGUGCGUACAGGAUAUUCACGGCCUCGAGAGACAAGGCUUUUUGUGUAG